GACUCAUUCAUGAAUGACGGAGUAAUGUCCAUGCUGCAAGAGUUAGUGAGGAGAAAUGACAUGACCGAUCAAAAAUUAACAAAAGACAUAUUACUUGCUGAAGACUCUAAUGCGUUUAUACCCAUGACUCUUGGUCAAAUUUUUUUGGUAAUUGUCCUAGUGAUUAAUGAAAUUUUGAAGCGUAUAAAAUCUGCUUCGUCCAAUAUAACAAUGUGCAAAAUAGCCAAAAAGCUUGAGGAACUAAAGAAAGAGUG